AUGGAUUCAGAGAUUAUGGUAGAGUCGCUGCCAUUGCUUGGCACGUGCAAUUUGUGCUUGGAAGAAGGUGUUGUGAAAAGUAUGAUUUUAGCGCAGCAAUACAAAGGGAACACAGAAAUUUAUUCUGAUAUGCUGAUAAAAUGCUUCUCAAUAGACAUUGCAACCCUCCAUCUUGGUGACACAAAGCCUUUGAUUUGCAACACUUGCAUCAGUAAGCUGAGGGACUCGGCAGACUUUAAACAACAAGUGCUGGCUUCACUUGAUACCUUGGAGAGGAUGGUUAAAGUUAAUAAGGAAGAGAAGCACUCUUUAGGAGAAGCAGUGAAAAAGGAGAACUCUGUGGUAGCUGAUGUAUUUGAUGAUGACUUUCCUAAUGAUGAUGAUGUGCAUAUAGAGAAAAAGAAGAACUCUUUAGGAGAAGAAGUAAAAAAGGAGAACUCUGUGGCAUCAGAUGAUUUUGAUGAUGACUUUCAUGAUGAUGAUGAUAUGGAUGUAGAUCUCAAAACUAUAAUUAAGAAAGAAAAAGAACAUGAAUUCAGUCGAAAAACUCGCAGCAAAUCAGUGGUGUCAAGGAAGAUAAAAUUAUCAAAGUAUCCUUUAAAAAAGACUAUAGAUCUAUCAGAAACAGAAGCCAUGUUAAAAAUCGGACUAUUUCCAUUUAAAAUCAAGAAGAACCGGUCGUUUUCCUGCUCAAUAUGUCCAGAGAAGUCGUCAAACCUAGAUGACAUCAAAACUCACAUAGUUGACCACAACAAAACAAAUAUUAAUUUGGCAUUUAAAAAAAUGAUGUCGUCAAACUCCCAUAGGUUCUACAAGUCUGCUAUUAAUUUAAGAUGUAAAAUGUGUACAACAGAUGUAAGUAACUAUGAAGAAUUGAAACAGCACAUAGAAAAUUGUACCAGAUUAAAAUUUACAAAUAGAAAAUUCAAUAACUUGCCGUUUAAGCUUGAAAAAGACCAAGUCGAUUGCCCGGUAUGUAAGAAAACUUUUUUGAAUUAUGUUAAUUUGAAUACACAUAUGAAUAUUCAUUAUCCAAAUUAUAUUUGUGAAAGUUGUGGGAAAGCGUUCGCUUCCAAAGCUAGACUUCGAGCUCAUAUGAGGACUCAUGAAGUAGGUACCUUCCCUUGUAGGUAUUGUGAACAGAUCUUUGACCGAGUAACGAAAAGGGAGAACCACGUAUCGAAAGAACAUAAAUCUGGUGUCAGGUAUGCAUGCAAGCGGUGUAACAUAUCUCUGACGUCAUUUUACGCUAGACAGAAACAUUUGGCAGAAGUACACAACGAAGAAUUGAAAAGAUACAAAUGUAAAGCUUGUCCACAAUCUUACAUAACUCCAGGUCAUCUAUCGAGUCAUGUCCGCAGAGAUCAUUUGAAUGAACGUAAUCAUAAGUGUGAUAAAUGCGAUUUGGCUUUUUAUACGAAAAAUGCUUUGAAAAUGCAUAUGAUUAAGCAUGACGGGGAAAGAAUACACAUUUGUCCAGUGUGUCAAAAGUCUUACCAGAGGAAAAAGACAUUGCGAGAGCAUUUAAGGAUUCAUAAUAAUGAUAAAAGAUUUGUUUGCCCAGUGUGUGGACGUGCCUUUACUCAAAAGUGUACGCUCAAAGGUCAUUUAAAAGUUCAUGAGAGGCAAUUCGAUGAAGACGAUAGAGUGCCACAGCCUUUACAUUCGAUAUAA